AUGUUUGAGUUUAUCCUUAAACUGGCACCUGCGGCUUCGCUUACGGGCGACAAAGCAAGCUUUUAUCAUUGUACGUUCAUUAGUGUGCAAGACACAUUGCAUGAUGGUCUUGGUCGUCACUAUUUCAAUGACUGCUUUGUCGAAGGUGCCAUAGACUUUAUUUGGGGCAACGGCCAGUCUAUUUACGAGAAAUGCAAGAUAAUAUCUGUAACAGACAGAAUAGGCCUAGCUGGUUUUAUCACAGCGCAGGGUCGAAAUGCCGCAAAUGAACCUACUGGUUAUGUAUUCAAUGAUUGCCAUGUAAAUAGAACAGGCCCUAUAUUUUUAGGAAGACCAUACAGAAAUUACUCAAGAGCGGUGUUUGCCUCCACGUACAUGGGAAAUAUAAUUACCCCGGAGGGUUGGUCCGAGUGGCUAACUGGUCCUCUGAAUUUAACCACAUUCUUGGAAGUGAAUUUCAAAGGACCUGGAGCAGACAUGUCGCGUCGUGUGUCAUGGGAGAAGAAAUUAUCGAAUGAGGAAGUUGCAUACUUAACAAACACAACGUCUUUCAUAGACAAAGAGGGAUGGUUGGAAAAGCAACCAAAAUAA